AAAAAUUUUAUUGCUAACGUUUUGCAUUGCACGCCGCAACUUGCAAGGCCGGGCUUCCAUGAAAGAGAUCAUACAAACACUAAGAUCAGCGAUUAGCAAGUGUGUUUGCUUGAUAAUAGACGAACUAUUGACAUAAAAGCAUACGCAAAAUGUCAACUGACACGAUGUCAUCUGAAGAUACUAUUAGCGAAAGGCCAACAUGGAACAGUGGUGGAGAGUUUUUAAUGUCUUGCAUUGCGAUGUCUAUAGGACUAGGAAAUGUGUGGCGCUUUCCGUUCACAGCGUAUGAAAAUGGUGGAGGUGCAUUCUUGUUGCCUUACAUUGUGUGCCUUUUUCUUGUGGGCAAGCCUGUCUACUACUUGGAAACGGUUAUAGGACAAUUUUCAAGUAAACAACCCGUAGAACUUUACGCACAUCUUGCGCCUAUACUGAAAGGAAUCGGAGCUGGGCAAAUUUUGGGGGUUAGCGGAGUUGGUACUUACUAUUGUACGCUAAUCUCAAUAACCCUUUUUUACAUGUAUCACUCGUUCACUUCAGAUUUCCCUUGGGCACAUUGUAAACCAGAAUGGGAGAGUGACAUGAGUGAGUGUGUGUCAGUAGGUAAAGCUGCAAAGAAUCGAAGUAUUCAGUCUAUAAGUUCAUCCGAAUUGUGGUACACGAAUGCGGUAUUGAAACAGACGACCGAUAUCAAUAAUGGAAUAGGUUUGCCCGACUUACAACUUUCAAUAUUUUUACUAGUCACCUGGAGUGUGCUCUUUCUGAUAACCAUCAAAGGCAUACGCAGCUCGGGGAAAGCAGCAUAUUUCUUGGCACUCUUCCCAUGCGUCAUUAUGUGCACUCUUUUAAUCCGAACCGUCACUCUCGAAGGAUCGGUUAAUGGUAUCCUAUAUUUCCUCAAACCGCAAUGGAAGAUGCUCGUCGAACCGAAAGUGUGGUACAACGCAAUUACCCAGUGCUUCUUCUCGCUGGCCAUCGCAAGCGGAAACUUAGUAAUGUACGCAUCGUACAACUGCUUUACGCAUAACGUCUACAGAGACGCCAUGAUAGUUACAACCAUCGACACGAUCACGUCCCUAAUAUCCGGAAUAACCAUUUUUGGAGUUCUCGGAAACCUCGCACACACUCUCAAAGUUGAAGUGAACGACGUCGUCUCAGGUGGUGGGGCGAAGCUCGCCUUUGUCUCCUACCCCGAUGCCAUUUCCCGCUUUAAACAUGUUCCAUGGCUUUUCGCCAUCCUGUUCUUCGCCAUGCUCUUCGUGCUUGGGAUCGGUAGCUUGAUUGGCACAAACGUAUGCGCCCUAUCGGCAAUUAAAGACGUGUACCCAAUGGUUGAAGAUUGGUACGUGUCCGCGGCGAUAUGCUUGGUGGGGUUUCUAUUCGGUUUAGUGUACGUCACACCGGGCGGAGAAUUUGUGCUAGUCACGGUUGAUUACUUUUUGGGUACUUUUCUUCCCUUUGCACUAGUAAUACUAGAGAUGCUGGCCAUAUGUUGGUGGUAUGGCGUAGAAAACGUAUGUUUGGAUAUAGAGUUCAUGUGUGAAAGGAGAGUAGGAUCAUAUUGGAGAAUUUGCUGGAGCCUUAUUACCCCACUUAUACUGAUUGCUGUUUUUGUGUACUGCUUGUUAAGUAUGCAACCGUUAAAAAAUGGAAAAUACGAAGUUCCUAAGAUGUUAAUGAUGGUAGGGUGGUCGUUGUUCGCUUUGGGGAUUUUACAACCAGUCCUUCAUUGGAUCAUAUUUUUAUUCACUAACAGAAAAAUGGGCUUUAAGCAAGCCGUACGUGAGUCGCUAAGCUUUAAAUCUUGGGGACCGCAGAAUUCGUAUCUUCGAGCGGAUUGGAGGCAGUUCAAAGUGAAGAGACUUGAAGAAGUCACUUCGACCAAUAAAAGCUGGUUCGUGCGAAAAAUUAAGUUCCUCUUGUCGAUGAGAUAGUGAUCGUGUAAGCGUAAUAAAAUCAUUGCCAUGUAACUCCCAUUAAAGCUGAUUAAAUUAAGUACCUAGUCAUGCAAUG